GCGGCCUCGAUGUCCAUCGUUCUCGCGGCUCACGCACUGGAGCCUGCAGAUUGACCUCUUUCGAAUCCCUGCUAUUCAUUUCCUCGUUUGGCAGUCUCCACAAGUCACACUUUGAAUAUCAUUUUGCCUCCAAUCCCGGUUUAUUUAUUCAGAUACAGCUCCUAUAUCAGUUCCUUGCCAUUUCUAUAGAAUUCUAAACUUUUUGGACUCUUCUGAAUAAGUUUGCAAUAGUUCAAGACAUACAUUUUUCUUUUCUAUUUGUUUAUUUUGGGGUGUGGAGGCUUCUUUGUCAUGGAAGACAGGUCGGAGCUGCUGAUUCUGUAUGCUACUCAGACUGGAAAUGCAUUGGAUGCAGCGGAGCGGCUUGGUCGCGAAGCUGAACGAAGAGGCUGCCCUGUCAAGAUUCAUUCUUUGGACGACUAUGAUCCUAACUUGUUACCGAUGGAGGGGGCUGUGAUUUUUGUGGUUUCAACGACAGGCCAGGGGGACACACCAGAUUCCAUGAAGGUCUUUUGGAGGUAUCUUUUGCAGAAAAACCUGAGCAAGCAUUGGCUGAAUGGCGUUCCUUAUGCUGUAUUUGGUUUGGGUGAUUCAGGAUAUCUGAAAUACAAUUUUGUCGCAAAGAAGCUUGACAAAAGAUUAAUGGACCUUGGUGGAAGAACUAUUUUGGAAAGAGGUCUAGGAGAUGAUCAACACCCUUCAGGCUACGAAGGUGCUUUGGAUCCUUGGAUGUUAUCUCUAUGGCAAGUGCUAAGCUUAAUAAAACCUGAAUUCUUCCCCAACGGCGCUGAUGUCAUUGUUCCAAAUGAAACAUUAAUUGAUCAGCCAAAAGUCCAAAUCACUUAUCACAACACUGACAUUGUGGAGUCACAAUUUUCUACUGCCUCAGAUUUAAAGUAUAAUGAGAUUCAAAUUGGAGGUGCUCGUUCAAUGCAUCCUGGCACAUCCCAUCCUGACAGAAACAGGCCUGGCUGCUUUCUUAAGAUGGUAAAGAAUCUUCCUUUGACCAAAUCAAGCAGUGGAAAAGAUGUCCGUCACUUUGAGUUUGAAUUUUUUUCACAUGUUAUUGAAUAUGACAUUGGUGAUGUCCUUGAAAUUCUCCCCAGUCAAGAUCCAGCUGCAGUUGAUGCUUUUCUACGUUGCUGUAAAUUAAAUCCUGAUUCAUUUAUUACUGUCAGUCCGAGAGAAAUGAAUAAUUGUGGUGCACAUGCCUCUAUGAUCCCGAUAAAGUUGAAGACUUUUGUGGAAUUGACAAUGGACGUAUCUUCAGCUUCCCCUCGACGAUAUUUCUUUGAGGUCAUGAGUUUCUUUGCUACGGCAGAACAUGAGAGGGAACGACUCCAGUAUUUUGUUUCACCUGAAGGAAGAGAAGACCUCUAUCAGUACAACCAGAAGGAGCGGAGAACUGUCCUUGAGGUGUUGGAGGAUUUUCCUUCAGUACAAAUGCCAUUUGAGUGGCUGGUGCAAUUAGUUCCUCCACUGAAAACAAGAGCAUUUUCUAUAUCUUCUUCCCAAUCAGCUCAUCCCAAUCAAGUGCACUUGACUGUAAAUGUAGUGUCUUGGACAACACCUUACCAAAGGAAGAGGAAAGGCCUAUGCUCCACAUGGCUAGCUUCACUGGAUCCUACAGAUGUCGUCUAUAUACCAGGUUGGAUUCAUAAAGGUUCUCUUCCUCCUCCCUCACCUUCACUUCCCCUGGUACUCAUUGGACCUGGAACUGGUUGCGCACCAUUUCGUGGAUUUGUGGAGGAAAGAGCAUUACAAAGCAGAAAGAGUUCAACUGCACCGAUUAUUUUCUUCUUUGGUUGUCGAAACGAAGAUGGCGACUUCCUGUACCGAGACUUCUGGUUGUCUCAUUCACAAAACCAUGGCGUGCUUUCAGAAACGAAUGGUGGUGGUUUCUAUGUCGCCUUUUCAAGGGACCAACCUCAAAAGGUCUAUGUUCAGCAUAAAAUGCGAGAACAGAGCCAAAGGAUCUGGAAUCUAUUAGCUGAGGGAGCUGCUAUUUACAUAGCAGGUUCUUCAACCAAAAUGCCAGCAGAUGUAUCAUCAACUUUGGAGGAAAUUGUAAUUAAAGAAAGUGGGGUCUCAAAGGAUGUUGCUUUGAGGUGGUUUAGGGCUUUAGAAAAGAGUGGUAAAUAUCAUAUUGAGGCAUGGUCAUAGAAGAAGACCCAAAUCUGUUUCACUUUCUGGUUCUAUCAGAUUGAAUUUUGUGUAAUUCAUUUAUAAUAAAUUUUUGGUAAUUUAUAUGA